UUACCAGUAUUUUCGCAAAAGUGAUCCAGUAAAAUAGAAGCUUAAAAAAGAAAAAUAAAAUGAAAAUUAAAGGUUUAGUGACUCUGUGUGUGGUUCUGCUGAGCCUUGGUUUUAGCAAUGCGGGAGUAACGGUGGAACAAAUGCAAAAAGCCGGAGAAUUGGUGAGGUCCAUUUGUCAGCCAAAGUUCAAAAUGUCUGAUGAUCAGGCCAACCAAUUCGGACAAGGAAAAUUCCCAGAUGACAAAAACUCCAAAUGUUACGUCAAUUGCAUUUUAGAGAACAUGCAAUCGAUGAAAAGAGGAAAGUUCCAAUACGAGAACAGUAAGAAACAGGCAGAGAUUCUUCUUCCGGAUGAGAUUAAAGAACCUACUCUGAAAGCUAUGGCAGCCUGCAAAUCAUCAACGGACGGGAUUAAGGACAACUGCGAGGCAUCAUAUGCUUUGUUGAAAUGCCUUAAGAACAAUAAUGAAGCUUUCUUCUUCCCAUAAAAUUUAUCUGUGAACUUUUAUAAUGUAAGAUAGACUUUAUUCUUGUGUCAUUGUUGUGUUUUAGAAAUAAAUUGCUUCAAUUAAAAAAAAA